AUGAGUGACAUUAAAAAAUAAACUAAAAAUAAUUUAAAGAGAGAGAGAAAGCAAAAGAAAAUGAAAUAUAUUGUUAUUUGUUUAAUCUUAGCAAGCGUUCUUGCUUAACAAGAGCCACUAAAACCUGUCUGGGCUCCACUUUGGUCUCAAGAUUUUGUUGAAUACUUUAAUGUUACCAAUCAAAUAUAUGCAAAUGUUGGAACAUACCAAUAUGAUGCUCCUAACAAUUCUUCCAGAGUAUCAAGAUCUAAUGGUAAACAAGACCCUUUCUGCAUUGGUUAUCUCAAUUACAACACUACUAGUGCCCCUUGUGAACAUUUAACUGUUGAUAACGUUAGAUGGAUGUACUACCCUGAUGAGGAUAACUGCUGCUAUUGCUGCAAUGCCGAAUAAGGUUGCGGUAUUUUGAAACCUGAUUGGCUUUAAGGUGCCACUUUCUUAGGCUUUGAAGAAAUUUACGGUACUCCUGCCUUUUCUUGGGUUAUGUAUGAAGGUCCUAACAAGCCUAAUUACAUUUGGGAAACAACAGAAGCUAAUCCUUUGGAGAGAUCCUUGCUUAAAAUCGCCAGAAAUAACUACUAAGAAAUUUAUAUUCAAAACUAAAUUAGAAGAGAUGUUUAAAACAUUACUUUGCCUGCAAGCUGCAGUUACUAGAAUUAGUGUGGUGCUAAGUGUGCUGUCUUCAGAGGAGAAGCUACUGCUCAAGCCAUCUGA